GAGUUGGCAACUGCCUGGCAAGCAGGUAGACAACACCCCGCGGCACUUCUCCAGAUGGUAGUAUCACCACUGAGGCGUGUGGCACUAUUGUAAGCGGACGGCAAGAUGGCUAUGGCGGCGCUGAAGGGACUGCAAGGUGGAAGGGUCUUGGCUGGGACCUCUACACCUACGAGACACAUGCACACAUUAACCACAGAAACACCACAGCUAAAACAGCAGACUCAGCAGAGGAAGAAGAUGCACCAGAUUCUGAGUUCUGCUCAUAUCCCAGGAACUGCUCACAUCUCCAUGCCUCCCAAUGUUGAGGAGCUGCAGGCCUCAGAAAAGGCUCGCUUCUCUCCACGCCGCAAUCGUGAUGUAUCUUCCAAAUUAAAUCAAGUUGGUGGUGUCUUUGGAGCAAAGUUCAUGAGCACUCAAGGAACCCAUGAAGCUGCAUUCAACAAUAGCUCUCACCCAAUUGACUCCCAUUCUGAUAUAUAUGAUUCUCGCAUCACUGUCUCACUAUCAUCAGUCAUGCAAACAAAUGUUCCAAAGCCAUAUGGAAUCACUGGCAAGGCCCCAGUCCACCUAAACAUGCCAGGUGGCCAGUGGGCUCAGGAUGAGAAAUAUAUUUCUGGUGAUCUUCACACCUUCCAUCACUCAAACAUCUCUUCAAAAAAGAAUCCAGGUACUACCUACCAUAUCCUUAGCUGUUUGAGGCACUGUAUGCCUGUUAAACAUGCUAAUGUGCCAAGAUUGAGUGGAUCUAACACACUUUAUGGUGAUGGUGCUGGUAGUGUAGACUAUGUAAACUGUGUCAGGCUGUCUGUCAGUCCUAGCAAAGUCUGCCUUCUAUCUAACAAAGCCAUUGGAGAACAUUUAAUCAAAAGGUCAUUUGGGUGUAAGUUUUUCCACAAGAGUGCAGUCAGCAACAUCCAGCAAAGUCAUACCUGUGACAGCAAGACCAUAGACACACCUGAGCUUCAGCUGACCCCUAGGCAGAAGCUGCAGCGAGCAGUAAAAGAAUAUGGAGCAACGGUCAUUGUUUUCCAUGUCAUGAUCUCUCUAGCUUCCCUAGGGAUAUGCUACCUUCUGGUUUCUAGUGGAGUAGACAUGAGUGGUGUGAUCCAGAGUCUAGGUAUUAGCUUGGGCCAUGUGGGUGAGGGAGCUGCAGACAUGCCAGCCCCAAGCAAAUCUCCAGCUGUGGAAAUCCUUGAGCAGGACUCCAGCAGCACAACGGCUCCUAAACAAACAACUGUUGAAGAAUUUGAUAGAAUAGAUGUCAACACAAAGAGAGCAGCUGGAGCUGCCACCUUUGUAGUGGCUUAUGCUGUUCACAAGGUGUUUGCUCCAGCCCGAAUAGCUGUGACACUCACUGCAACACCAUUUAUAGUAAGGUAUUUAAGAAAGAUUGGAUUUUUGAAACCUCCCAAAACUAAAGUGAAAUAAUCAUUCUCCAUCUUUGUAGUAAAAAUAUAUUUAGGAUGCUGAAACAGAAUAUUAUUGUACGGUUUUUUACAGUAACUGUGCAGAAGAUGAAUGAUAACUGUAAAAACUGAUUAGGUGCUCAUUGCAAGCCCAUAUUUCUUCUGAUAAGUCUGAGCUCUGCCUGUUUUAGGCCAAGCUGAUCUUAGGCUCAAUUGCUGAACAUUUCAAAUUUCCAAACCCAAAAGAUUUAAGUGACUAAUAUUUUUAAAACAAUCAUUAGCAUACACAAUAGUUAAGAACUUCUGAAAUUAUAUAAGCCCUGACUUAUUAGUAUGAUUAUAUAGGCUUACAUAUUUUCCUUUUUAUACAGCUAUAUAAUAGUGAUAUAACAUAAGGUUUAUGUAUUGUAUGUAAAAAUGUAAACAUGGUCAGUGUGAGCUUAAAAUGUUUGAAUGGUGGGAAUUGGCAUGUGAUUCAUUUUAGUAUGUAAUUCAGUAAUGUGUAUGACCUUACCCUUCCAAAUUGAUUUUUGAGGGAAUGAUGUUUCAUUAAUUACAAUCAUACAGUCCAACUCAGAUAAAAAAAAAAAAGUAGAUGAAUCCAUUUACAUUAAUUAUAAGGGGUGGGAGGAGAGAGAGAGAGAGAGAGAGAGAGAGAGAGAGAGAGAGAGAGAGAGAGAGAGAGAGAGAGAGAGAGAUUGUAGUGGGUAUAGAGCAAUGGUUAGUGGCAUGAGAAUAUAUACAACUAAAAUUUUUUGUAAUUUCAAUCUUUAUAAAUAUAUAUAACAAAAAUGGC